CUGUUCCGCGGCAGCCUGGUGUACCUGCCCCUCCUGCUGCUAGCCCUGGCUAUCCACCGCCGCCCCAACACCCACGAACUCGACGCCGCUGCGGUGGAGGCGCUCCUGGCCGAUCAGUGGGCUGCCGCGCGCGCGCGCGUCGCGUCGCUGCGCGCCGCGGCGGCGUCGGCGGCGCCAGACGUGCGGCUGCGGAGCGUGGAGGAGCGGCUGGGGUGGAUUGAGGAGCUGAGGUGGCAGCUGAGGCAGAUGCGGCCGGAGGUCAGGUGCCCGUCGCGCGCGCUGGCAGAGGAUAGCGAGGGCGGCGACAAUCUUCAGCGGCAGCAGCAGCAGCAGCAGCAGCUGCAGCAGCAGCAGCAGCAGGAGCAGCAGGAGGAGGAGGAAUCGGUUGAGGGGGCUGCCGGCAGUAGGAUCGGCGGUGGCGACGGCGGGGCUUAA